AUGAGCCUGUUGAGGAGUUGGAAUUGUAUAAAAAGAUGUCGAUUUUCCCACCAGAAUGGAAAGAAUUUCAACAUCAACCAAGCUCUACUUCCACCUAUCAGCUUACACAUCACUCUCAAAAUGAUUGCCGACGUUUUCUCCAAGGCUGCCGUUCUGGCGCUCGCCGCCGUGGCCUCUGCUUCGCCCGUCUCGGUCGAGGCCCGCGACAUUGAGGCCCGCGAGCACGACGACUUCAAGAACCAGAUGCUCGCCGCACACAACUGGUACCGCGGACAGCACUCAGCCGCUCCUCUGCAGUGGGACAACAACCUCGCCAACAAUGCGCACGCCUGGGCUGCCAGAUGCUCCGAGAACCCUCGCCACCAGCCCAACGACCCGCACGGUGAAAAUAUCGCCUGGGGCGGCGGCUGGUCUUCCUCUUACGGCUGGGCCAACCUCUGGGGCCACGAGCGCACCCAGUACAACUUCAACCAGCCCGGCUUCAACGGCAACACGGGUCACUUCACCCAGCUUGUGUGGAAGAGCACCAAGCGCGUCGGCUGUGGUUGGGCCAAGUGCGCCUACGGCAACAACGUCGUCUGCGAGUACGACCCUGCGGGCAACAUCGUCGGCAACAACAACAAGUACUUCAAGGACAAUGUCGGCCGCCAGACCAAGGGCAACCCCAACGACCAGUACCACCCUUAG